AAAUCCUCGUUCACUUUGUUCGCUGUAGCGAGUCGGGUCGGGUGUCGGAUUGAUUGCGUGUGGUUUCGAGCGUUUAAUUCGCGAUUCCGCGCAAGUGACGAAAGGCAGAAGCAAAGAGGAGCAAUAUUCUCUUCUUUUCUUUCCGCGAGUGACACUAGUGUUCCACAUCGGAGCAGACGCACACACACACACAGGAUGAAAAUCUGGACCUCAGAGCACGUAUUCAACCACCCGUGGGAAACCGUGGCCCAGGCGGCCUGGCGCAAGUACCCCAACCCGAUCAACACGGCCGUCAUCGGCACCGACGUCGUCGAGCGGCGCGUCGUGGACGGUGUCCUGCACACGCACCGCCUCGUCAGCUCCAAGUGGUACUUCCCCCAGUGGGCCCAGAAGCUGAUCGGAUCGCCGAACGUGUGCUACGCCAGCGAGCAGUCCACGGUGGAUCCGGGCAAGCGGCUGAUGACGCUCAAGACGAUCAACCUGACCUUUGGCAGCUUCCUGUCGGUGUACGAAACGCUCAGCUACGUUCCGCAUCCGACGGACCCGUGCAAGACGCUGCUCAAGCAGGAGGCCACCGUCCAGGUGGAGGGCGUUCCGCUGAACCGGUACAUGGAGGAUGUGCUCACGAAGAACAUCAGCACGAACGCGGGCAAGGGCCGGCAGGGCCUCGAGUGGGUGAUAGGAAAGCUCAACUCGGAGGUGAAAGAACUGGCCACGUCGGCCGCGACCAGCACGAACGAGAUCCUCACCCAGACGAAAAAGUCCCUCGACGACAUCACGGACCAGGCCCGGAAAAGCAUGGACGAGCUGAGCGCGACCGCCCAGAAGAUUCACAUAUAGUAACAAGCGCUGCGCGGCGUCGUCCUCAUCACCAUCACCAGCAGCUGCGACAGCAACACCAAGUUCAACAGGUAGUUCUGCUGGAGCCGACAGCAAAAACAGUGCACGAUCCAAGACUUCUUCUUCUUCUGCUACUACUUCUUCUGCUGCAACACCCGCAACGACGACUACACCGUCAUCGAGUUCAUCAACUUCAGCUAGAGCUAGUACAAUCCCGCCAAGCACUUCUUCCUGAUUUUUGGGCCAAACCUUCGUUUCGUCACCGUUUUUCCCCACUCUCUCUCUCCCUCAAUCUGUCUGUCUGUUGGUCACUAUUUUUCCGUUGUGAAGCCAAAUUGCGACCUCUAAUUUAUUUUUACUAUAGUUUGCCAAUUUAUUAAAUCCAUCGUUUUCGUAAAACUGUUUUGCUCUUUCUGUUACGCACUUUUCAACACAACAAUCGACGCCGGGCAGUAUGCGUGUGCUCUCCGCAACAACAAAAAAGAAA